GUCACAACACUUCAUGCUGAUGGGUUUCCCUGUGACCGAAACCUUCGAGCUCUGAUGGAAACUUAACGAAAGAGCGAUAACCAGCAAUUUGAAAAGGCUGAAGUGUAAAGCAGCUGCCAAGAGUGAUCCAAUGCCACUCCAGAGGCUCUUGGAUGAAUCAGCAAAACCCACAUAUGCAUCUAUAGGGGCCGUUGCAUGAGCGAGGAGAAGGCAUUCGGUGCCAUAGGUGCUGUGGGAGCAGUGGAUUCCCUGUCCAAUGAGGUGGAAUGCUCCGCGGGCACAUGGUUUACGCUGCUCAAAAUAACUUGGGACCUGCAAACUGACAAAUGCUGCUGCUCCGGUGGUGACAGGUUGUCCAGCUCCUCACAGCCAUCCUCACAAUAACGAAGGUUAACUUCCCUCACUAUAUGGACUCCUAGCUCUUUCUGUUCCUGAGGACUCGAAGAAUCCCCUCACUUCCUUAACUUUAACCUCACACUUCUGGAUAACUCUCAGCGCUACUCACUGCCACGUUGGGCAGCAACAUCUGGAGGAAUUAAAAAAGCAUGCAAGACGACAGUUUAGAAACCUCAACUUCAAUAUCUCAGCUUCUGAGAGAGAGUUAUUUAGCAGAAACUAAGCGCCAAGGGAAGAGUGAAAGAAGCAGAUCAGAGCCAGUUUCUCAUAAUUUCCACUAUGGCAAUGCUUCUGGUGAUUCAGACGAGGUAGCUGCCCAAGAUGACCUCCCAGAUCUGUCCGCCUUUUUGAGCCAAGAAGAGCUUGAUGAAAGUGUAAACCUGGCAAGACAAGCUAUUGAUCAGAACCCACUGGAAAUGAAACAGGAUGAGCUUCAGGCACAUUCACAGCACCCUCCAGAUCAGCUGAACAACAUGGGAAAACACAAACAAACGGCCCAGUCUACAGCUCUGAAAACAUCAGACAAUGGCCUGCACUCCAACUUUUGUCAGGAACAUGUCAGAAAUACAAAGGGGUCCAAAGGGAGCUCUCAAGAUCUAAAGAAACACCACCUCCCUUCUGAAUCAGAAUCCAAAAAGGAAUUCCUAAACAAGGCAGCAGAUUUCAUUGAGGAGCUCUCGUCACUUUUCAAAGCUCACAACUCUGAAAGAAUACGACCCCGAACAUGCAAAAACUACAAGAGCAAAAUUGAUUCUAAGAACAAGUCUGCUCAAAAAGGUAGCUCUAACCUGUCUCUCACAUCAGAAAACAGAGAAAGGCUUUCCAUUCCAACACCUCCAGACUUGGAAAACAAAGCAGAGAAAACUUUUGAACAAACAGGUGAUCAACAGGCAGCAAACCUGGAAUCUAUCAGUCAAUUAACAAGUGCAGAGCCGAAAACAGAGUCAGAAUCUGCAUCUGUAUAUUCUGAUGAGCCCAUUGGACAGCCACCACGCUUUACUCAAAAACUGAAGAGCAGGGAAGUUCCUGAAGGAUCCAAAGUGCAAUUGGACUGCAUUGUGGUAGGAAUCCCAGCACCUGAAGUCAGGUGGUACUGUGAAGGGAAGGAGCUUGAAAACUCACCAGACAUCCAAAUUAUCCAGACAGGUGACCGACACUCCCUGAUCAUUGUUGAGGCUUUUGAGGAGGACACAGGGCGUUACUCGUGCUUUGCUUCCAACAUCUAUGGAACAGACUCCACUUCUGCAGAGAUUUACAUAGAAGGCAUCUCUUCUUCUGACUCUGAAGGUGAAAUCAUCAAGGACGAAAUGGAUCACAAACCAAAGCCAGCCAACACCUCUGUGAAUGCAGCAUCGCCUGCCGUCAGAACUGCCACCAAGCACCAAGAAACCUCCAAGGCACCAUCAGCUGAGGUUCAGCCUGCGUCUGUACUCGUCCAGACUGUGCCAGCACCAGUUAACCAGGCUCAAAGCCCCACUAACUAUUUGCAAGGACUGGAUGGAAGACCUAUAAUUGCUGCUCCUGUAUUUACAAAGAUGUUACAGGAUAUUUCAGCUUCUGAGGGGCAGCUUGUUGUUUUUGAAUGUCGGGUGAAAGGAGCUCCUUCCCCAAAGGUUGAAUGGUAUAGAGAAGGAACACUGAUAGAAGACUCUCCAGAUUUUAGGAUAUUACAGAAAAAACCACGGUCUAUGGCUGAACCAGAGGAGAUUUGUACUCUCGUCAUUGCUGAAGUAUUUUCAGAAGAUUCUGGCAGUUUCACCUGUACUGCAAGCAAUAAAUAUGGCACAGUGUCCAGUAUAGCUCGUCUGACUGUCAAAGCACCUGAAGACAGCAGUAACACUGCUGCCCUUCACACGACGAGCUCCAUCGACUUUGUGGCUACUGAGCACCAAGCUCCCCCCCAGACUCCUUCCAGCCACGGAGCAAGCCAAAGCCCCAAACCCAAACUGGAAGGCGUUCUCGUGAACCACAACGAACCCAGGUCCAGUUCCAAGGCAGGGCUCCGCGUCCACUUCAAGCUGCCCGAAGAUGAAAAAGGAAGUGAAUCAUCCUCAGAGGAUGGACCUGGCACCACAAACCAAACCAGACCCAACCACUUCCCAGAGAAGAUAAAUGGACAGCCAGUGAAAAUACCAGAGCCAACGUCACCAUCCAAGGAACCUCCCCCAGUACUGGCUAAACCAAAGCUUGAUCAGAGCCAGCUAAAACAGCUCCACAACCAGGUCUUGCUUGAACAACAGCAGGUGCACCAGGCAUCUCUCAGAGAGCUGUCAUUCAACACCACUUUGGUGAAUUCUGCUACUUCCUUCUACCAGCAGACCACCUCAGCCCUGUACAAGCAAAGCUCAGCCUGUGCUCCUCCAGCCUUUGGCUACAGCCGCCCCAAGCAGCUCCUGGCACCCCAAACGCCGCCGCCAGCCAGCCCCUCUGCCAGCUCCUCAGCCACGUUCAGCAGCAUCCCCCAGGCAACCCAGAGAACAAACCACGUGGAGAAUUUCAUAGGAAAUCCAUCAAGGUCCUCAGGAGGGUUUACAAGCAAAAGUGAACAGUCUCUCCCAAGCCCCAAAGAGCCCGUGGCGCCUCCACUAACACUUCCUCCGUGCAGUGUGAAACAGUUCCAGCCCCAGACUGUGACUCCCGCUCCCCUCUCCCCAACGGCGCGGAUCCAGAACCCAGUGGCUUUCCUUAGUGCUGUUCUUCCUUCGCUGCCUGCUGCACCAUCCACCAACGCCAUGGGACUGCCCAGAAGUACCCCAGCCACCCCAACCCAGGGAUUAAAGAAAAACCUGAAGCCUCUGUCAUUAGCAACAGAAGAUUCCAUUCGGGAAAACAAAGUUGCACUUGUAAAGGACCUGGAAAGAAAACUGCAUUUCAGAGAGGAUGCUAAUCACCAAAGUGGUCAGCAGGAAUACCGCAUCUCCAGCUUUGAGCAGAGGCUGAUGAAUGAGAUCGAAUUCCGCCUCGAGCGGACGCCGGUGGAUGAAUCAGAUGACGAAGUCCAACACGAGGAAAUCCCCACAGGCAAAUACAUUGCUCCCAUCUUUGAUAAGAGACUCAAGCAUUUUCGGGUAAUGGAAGGAUUCCCUAUUACAUUCACCUGCAAAAUAGUUGGAAUUCCUGUUCCCAAGGUCUACUGGUUCAAGGACGGCAAGCAGAUUUCAAAGAAAAACACACAUUUCAAAAUGAACAGAGAAGAAGAUGGAACAUGUUCUUUACAUAUUGAAGCUGCUACUAAUGAUGAUGAUGGCAAUUACACGAUUAUGGCUGCAAACCCACAAGGGAGGAUCAGUUGUUCAGGACACCUGAUGGUUCAGAGUGUCCCUUUUCGGGGACGAAUAUCCACAACUCAGCCUCACAGAACACGACCCCGGGUGCCAGAAGGAGACAAAGAGGCAGUUCAAGAACGCUUCUUCAGGCCAUACUUCCUGCAGGCUCCAGGGGACAUGGUGGCACAUGAAGGGCGACUCUGUAGGUUGGAUUGUAAGGUGAGUGGGUUACCAACUCCAGAGCUGACGUGGCUCCUGAACGGCAAAGCCGUGCUCCCGGACGGCAGGCACAAGAUGCUGGUCAGAGAGACUGGAGUGCACUCUCUGCUCAUCGACCCUCUCUCCCAAAGCGAUGCUGGCACUUACACUUGCCUUGCCACUAACAAAACAGGACAAAAUUCAUUUAGUCUGGAGCUCACUGUUGUAGCAAAGGAAGUCAAAAGAGCCCCCAUGUUUCUGGAGAAGCUUCAGAACUGUGGUGUUCCAGAAGGCUACCCUGUCAGAUUAGAGUGCAGAGUUGUGGGAAUGCCACCUCCCAUAUUUUACUGGAAGAAGGACAAUGAGACCAUCCCAUCAAACAGAGAGAGGAUGAGCAUGCAUCAAGAUACAACAGGGUAUGUCUGCCUCCUGAUCCAGCCUGCCAAGAAAGCAGAUGCUGGCUGGUACACCUUGUCUGCAAAGAACGAAGCUGGCAUUGUCUCCUGUACUGCUCGACUUGACAUAUAUGCUCAGUGGCACCGUCAAAUUCCACAAGCACUGAAGCUGCGGCCCGGGGGCAGCCGCUACACGAACCUCAGCAGCCAAGGACUCGACAUCUUCCCUGCCUUUCCAGCUCCCGAGAGCCCUGUGCUGUUCUCAUCCCCGCCCCAAAAGUUGGUGGAGAGUGAAGAACUUUGAAAAACAAACACUUGUUCCAGUUGCACCUGCGGAGAUACUUAGAACUGUGAAAAACUAAAUAAUAAAACCAAAAGAGGUACAAGUCACGAUGCUCAAGGUUUACAAGCAACUUGUUUGUAAUUAAGUGUUCUGCUGCUGCAAAUGCUGCAAGUAACAUAUUGUACAAGACUUUUGCAUAUGGUUUUAAUGCAGGAUAAUUGUGGUAUGGAGUGUUGUGCAAUAAAUUCAGUACUGUGUAGUUUGCUAAGAAUUACAUAGUAAACAUAGUCUUCAGCACCUAAAAGCCAAUACCACUUUCACUUCUUGAAUUAGAGCUACUGCACUGUAGCUGCCAUGGUAAGGAUUGAUGAUGAUUAGCUGGAAUACUGCCAGUGAAAACACUGACAAUACAAUAGCACCAAUCCUGAAUGAGGGUAAACAACAAGACUUUGAAUGUAAUUUAAAAAAACAUGCCAGAUAAUCACAAAGCACAAGUUAAAUGGAAAAGAUGUAACUCAUUUUUAUAUAUGAUUAUUAUGCCAGCCUAUUCUAGAAUUUUUGAACUCCAGACUAGGUAAAUAUAGCAUUUCAUGUAGGUACAGCUGUAUACCCUAAAUAUUUAUAUCUGUGUGUGUGUGUACUCUAUGAACUGUGUAUUCUUGGUGUAAGGGUUCUUAAAAUAAGGUAAAGGGCAUGUGCAUAAGGCACAUAGGAAAUGGAAAUUCCUCUUGUCUGAAGCAUGUUCUCUUGAGCCCAUAGCUGAAACUAUUUACCAGAUGUGCUUCACACUUUUUUCUUUACCAUGUUAGUGAUCCUCUGACUUAAAUAUGGAUGAUACCAAACUUGUCGCUUCAUGCCUUUUAAAUAUCAGUCUUCUUUUCUUAAUUUUUAAUGUGCAUCUACCAUCUAGCUCAUUUUAUAGCUAAAUGAAAAGGAAUUGUGACCUGGUAAAUUUUCACCACCAUUUAGGAAACGAUCACAAGUGUGGUGUCGAACAGGAAGACAGAAAAUUCUGUUAAUAUACAAAAGUUAAGAAGUUAAGCAACAGUUGUAUGCAAAAAGCUAAAAAACCCCAACAGCAGUAAUAAAUAAGGUAAUAAAUAAAUAAUAGUAAUAAAUAAAGUAGUAAUAAAUAAAAAAGAUGGAAAGUUCAACAGAAGGUGUUAAGUGGCAACAUUCAGUGACUGAUUUAAAUAUAUUUGGCAUCUAUACAAUUACAUCAAUACCCCCGGCUGUUAGAAUCUGUGAAUGUUUAAGAUGUUUUCCUGCAUCUUUAAAUUAUUGCUAAUCCUCUCUCUAGACAUUGGUUUCAAGCACUUCUUACUUACUGCUUUCAACAUGGCUGCAGAAAGCUGCAAAGUCAUGAUCAAGGUCACAGAGAUUGAAAAAAAUUCAACAGAUACUUUCAUUUUAUACUAUGUUUGGGGAUUCUUCAAAUUUAAAAUUUUAACUUUAAAAAACUCCAUAUGCAAAGAAAACAAUGAAGAGUUAUGUUAAGAGCAAAAGAAUAUUGGAUAUAGCCAUGGACUGAGAAAGAGAAUGUCUUUCACUGAGCUUCCCACAAAUAGAGCUCCUGCUGUUCCUAACUGUUGAUUCCCUCAGGAUUUAGAGGAAGUGAAUUUCUUGUGUUGUUUUACUUCCCACCUGGGUGAACACCAUAAAACAAAAACCAUAAUUAUAACUCUUAUACUUCUGUUAGGAAUCUCAGGCAACUCAACCCAGACUGGACAGACCAGAAAGCUAAAACACAGUCUUAUCCUAAGAGUUAAAACAAGGUACAGGUGUUUCCAAGGGAAAGCAGAUGUUGCCCACGUUGUACCUCUUCCCUGGCAAACAAAAUAAAACUCAUGGCUAUUGAAAGUGAUGCAUUGAGUUAAGUGACUUCAGUAAUGAGAUGCAGAACUUAAGACAUACUGUGGGUCUGAUCUUCUAGGAUAGAGAAUCUACUGCUCCUGUUACCUUCAUUUGGUUCUCAGAAUGGCUUAAGGAUUCCAAAACUACACCCAAAAUUUCAAGUUUCCCACAUUAGUUACUACUCUUGGAAAAAUAAUCCAAGAAAAGUUAUUGGAUUUUGCUUGCUUACUUCAGUGCCGUUGGGAAACGGAAAGGUAGGAAAUCAAGACACAAAAGAUCAAACUCACAUCUACAGCCCUGGUCUUGCCAUCAUUUCACAAACCAGACAGUAGGUUUUGAACUCAAGUAUUCCAGGUUGUCUACUGGCCAUCAGGCUUUAUCCCUCAGCACAAGCUUAGCCUGCUUGGAAGUUCCCUGUGGCCCUUUUCCUGGCUGACAGUGAGGGGUUGGACCAGAUGACCCCCUGAGCUUUUUUCACACCUAAGUCACUCUUCUAUGCUUCCUAAAUUAGUUUAUUUUCCAAUGCCUGUCUAGAUAUCCUACCUGGAUUAAGUUACCUGUCAGCUGAGUAGAAACUAAGAAUUCAAGCAAGCACAAACUUUUCCCUUUUGCUGGAAUCGAACCCAUUAGGCAAGCCCAGCUACAAGAGCUCUUCACUCAGUGUAGAAGAAAGGAAUGCUAGUACUCCCCACUGGAAGUACCCGGUUACCAGUGCUGGAAUCAUACUGAUCAGUAUUACUGACAGCAGCACUGGUUCUCACAUUUUACAGCAUCAGACGUCACACCCAAAAACUCAAUGCAAACUGAAAGACAAAGACAAAAAAGCGCACAGUGCAAGCAUGCAAACCAUCUCUCUUCACCUCUUCUCUGCAAUACCAGAGGAGUGUCCCCAAACUCACAUCAUUAUAACCUGAGCUGACAUGCUGACCAUUAUGUGGUACAAUGCUUCUUAAAAUGUCCAUUCAGUUCUCUGGAAGUGGGAGGACAAGAAGCUGAAAAGCUUCUUGCUGAAUAAGCUUCAAAAGCUGAAUACGUUUCCCAAAGAUCUGUGUAAGAAGGAUUAAUCCUUAGUCAUUCAAGGAGGGGCCCCAGAAAUCUCAGUGAGAGUCAUGUUACUGAAGGUAGAUUACCAAAAAUGCGUUAGCUGAACUAAAAUAUUCUCCCCUGAACAGUAUGUCCUAGCAAAAAGAUCAAAACCCUUCACAUUUCCCUACAAAAUGCAGAAGUCAGCAAUUUCAAUUCCUUUCAGUAGCUCAGAUAAAACCCAACUCAUACUCUGAUCCCAAGUGGUGUGUAGGUGUCACAUUUUCUUCCCUAACUGCUACAGGACAUUUCCCCUCUGCGCGUGCUGAGCCCAUGCAGAGAGCCUGCAAAGGCAGCUGCUGGGAGCGGAUGUCAGUGCUGUUUGACAAGCGCUACUGAUGUGCUCAUCACAAGGAAGAACUUGCAAGAAAACUACACCAAAAUUAUCUUUGUGUUGUUAAGUGGUGGAAAAGACGAGGGGAAAAGGCCUGUGGAAGGGAAGGACAGCAGGACAGUGCUGUGUUGCCACAGGAUGUGCUAGAGCCACCCUGCUCCCUCCUGAACAGCCUGGCUGCUCCUUGCUGCUCUUCACUGAGUAUCAGUUCCACUUCACACCAACACAGCUUUUCAUUCUCUUAUUCAGGGCAGGCUACUGCAGCAACAAAACUUCAUGUAACACCUUCCACUGAAGCCACUGUUUGUUCCUAACUCCCAAAAUCCAUGAAACCACCUCAAUGUGGAGCAUAAUGCUGUGUGUGAUACAGAAACACGUUUGGAACCUCUCAAGUAUUCACUGAUUCCCAGUCAUGCUGGUUUAUUUGGUUUCCCAUUUCCUGCUAGUCCUGGUUUGGUGUACAACCAAUCAGAGGCAAGGUAUAUUGCACACUAGAGCAGAAAUGACAUCUUUUUUGUUGCAAUUCUAGAUUUCAAAAAGUUUUCUUCCUGUUUUAAACGUUUGGUCCAGACUGAUGCAAAGCCAGCCUACAGCAGCAUUACAGAUGGGGCUGCAUUAAUAUCACUGGACCUCCUGCCUCAAAACCACUGCAUUCAGUUCCUUGCUUCCACAUGGAAGGUGGAGCAACCCUUCUGAAUGCCUCACAUCUGCUAACAUGAGGAGACGAGAGCACACACUGCAAAAAGGAAAGUCUGCAGUUUUCAUCCCAAUAUGUAAACAACUGCCAGUCUCAAUUGUUUACAGCAAUUGUAGGUACUUCAACCAAUAAAUCUGGAAUAGAGAUUCAUUUAAGAACUAUGUUGUUAAUGCUACCAGCAUUAAAAGCACUAGUUUCUGAAAAAUGUCUUUACAAAACCUAAUGAAAUAUUUAUACUGUUAAUACUGGAGAAGUGAUUCAUUGAAAAUUGCCUCAUUAUUUCCAAUACAAAAAUGUUCACUUUGAGCCUUAACAUUCUAAGUUAAUAUUUCUUCUUGAUUAAAGUUGAUACUUUUAAUUUUUUCUAAAGUCAUUCUCACUGGCAAGAAAAAUGCUCACUUCAGUUUUAUAGUAUAUUUUAACUGCACUUGAAAGGAAAAAAAUCCACCUGCCUGUUCAGUAAUGUAUUUCCCUUCAUCUCACCUGAACUUAAAUAAAUGCUUCAGAGUUGCAUA